AUGGGAUCACCACAGAUAGAUUCACAGAAGGUAUCUAUUCCUGUUCUUCGUUAUGUCUCAUCAUCCCGAAGGAAGGAAGGUCAAUCCCCAUUUGGAGAAGAAGUGAAACCAAGGAAGUUAGGGAAAAGUGACAUGAAGUUCUUGAAGGAGUUUACAACCAUGCCUUUACCCAAGUUGAGCAAUUCAGAUGUGUCGAAAUCUUCAGUACCAAGGUUCGUCAGACCAUUACAAGAUGCAACAAGACGUGAAUAUCUUCCGGUCAAAAGAACUAAAGAAGGUUUUGAUCCUAAUGCUUAUAAGCUCAUGUCAAAAUCAGGUUACGACUUCGGCUUGUCUUCCUCGCUAGGAGAGCUCAAUCCUGAUGUCACAGGAGAAAGGACACAUGGCCUUAGCGAAACCCAAAAGAAGUUGAAGGAGCAGGGUUACACAAUCGGCUCAGCUAGAACAGGCCUAGGUUUUACUCCUGUCCCACCUGUUAAGAUUUCUGCCAGAAGAAAAGAAAAGAAGGCAGAAGUUCAACACAUCAGUGUCGAAGUGGUUGAGGAGGAAGAAGAACCAAAGGCUAUUAAGAGAGCCUCAGUGUUCGACCGUUUAGCCAACCCUACUCAGCGGACCUCAGUUUUUGGCUGCAUCAAAGAAUCGACAUCACGACCUUCUGUGUUCAAGAGGAUAUCUAGACAUCAGAAUCAAAGGGGAAUUCAAUCAGCUCCGCACAGAUCAGCACUAGAAAGACUCGGAGUUCCAAGCCAACCGUCUGAAGAGAAAAGCCAGCAAGAGUUGGAAAGUGGAGUUCUUGUUGAUUCAACGGAAGAUAAUGAAAUCUGGAGCCUGAUCCCGUCACGUAUGAAACGUCUCUCAACACUAGACGUUACUUCAGGUGACCAACUCAAAGUGAAACGACGAACAAUCAUACAAACUCGGAAAGCUUUAAAUCAACAAAAUGAAGGUGAUGAUGAAGAAGUAGAGAUUCUAGCCGUUCAUCAUGUUACGAUUAAAGAGCUCGAUGAAGAGGAACCUUUCGAGGAUGAGGUUCAUGACGCUCCUGCUGCAUUAGAAGAUGGGGGCCAAGCGACUGUUGAUGAAUUAAAAGAGCUCAACUUGGGCACAAAUGAAGACCCAAGACCUAUCUUCGUUAGGGCACUUUUGAAUCCUAGCGAAGAGGAAUCAUAUCAUCAGUUGUUGCUUGAGUAUAAAGAUGUCUUUGCUUGGACGUAUAAAGAGACGCCAGGCCUCGAUCCGAAAAUGGCGGUUCACCAUCUUGCAGUCAAACUUGGAACGCGUCCAAUCAAACAAACUCAACAUUGCUUCCGUCCGGAGCUCUUAAGUCAAAUCGAAGCCGAAGUUGACAAGUUGAUCGCCGCCGGAUUUAUUAGGGAGAUGAAAUACCCAACAUGGAUAGCGAACAUUGUUCCGGUGAAGAAGAAAAUCACUGGACAAAUUCGUAUUUGUGUUGACUUCCGAGACUUAAACGAGGCUUGCCCGAACGAUGACUUUCCAUUGCCCAUAAUUGAGCUCAUGGUCGAUGCAACCACAGGUCAUGAAGCCUUAUCUUUCAUGGAUGGCUCAUUUGGAUACAAUCAAAUAAGAAUGUCGCCAGAGGACGAAGAACUCACAGCCUUCCGCACUCCAAAAGGAAUUUACUGUUACAAGGUGAUGUCAUUUGGCCUCAAGAAUGCAGAUGCGGCCUAUCAACGUGGAAUGCAAAAGAUCUUUGGUGACAUGCUUCACAAGAAUGUCGAGUGCUACGUUGAUGACUUGGUGAUCAAGUCAAAAAGAAGAGAAGAUCACUUGAAAGAUUUGAGAACGGUGUUUAACAGAUUGCGGAAGUACCAACUCAAGAUCAACCCUUUGAAGUGUGCUUUCGACGUCACGUCAGGUAAAUUCCUUGGUUUCAUUGUUAAACAUCGAGGCAUCGAAGUAGAUCAUACUAAGAUUAAAGCCAUCCGAGAUAUGCCCGAGCCAAGAAAUUUACGUGAGUUGAAAAGUUUACAAGGACGACUCGCGUUUAUUCGGCGAUUCAUCUCAAACUUAGUAGGGAGGUGUCAACCAUUCAGUCGCCUAAUGAAAAAGGAUGUUCCAUUUGUUUGGGAUGAGACUUGUCACAAUGCCUUUGAAAGCAUAAAGAAGUACCUAUCGAGUUCACCACUAUUAGGAGCUCAUAUUCCAGGCAAACAACUCAAAUUGUACAUUGCGGCUCAAGAAAGGUCAAUCGGAGCCCUUUUAACGCAAGAGAAUGAGUCACACAAAGAGCAAGCACUCUAUUAUCUAAGCCGAACGCUUGCUGGUCCCGAACUAAAUUACACGCCUAUAGAAAAGACGUGUCUUGCACUUGUUUUUGCUAUCCAAAAGUUAAGGCACUACAUGCAAGCAUUCACCGUCCAUCUAAUUGCACGAGCAGACCCGGUGAGGUACGUUAUGUCAAAACCAGUCUUGACGGGGCUUUUGGCCAAGUGGGCGUUACUUCUCAAUCAGUAUGAAAUCAUCUACACUCCAGCAAAGGCGGUUAAGGGGCAAGCUGUUGCAGACUUCCUAGCCGAUCAUCCAAUUCCAGCAGACUGGGAAAUUUCAGAUGACCUACCCGACGAACAAGUCUUCUUCGCUGACGUUUCUCCUGCUUGGAUGAUGUUCUUUGAUGGAUCGGCUCGUAAAGGCGGGACGGGGGCUGGCGUAGUCUUCGUAUCACCCGAGAGGCACGUGUUGCCUUAUUCAUUCUCCUUAAGUGAACUUUGCUCGAACAACGUUGCAGAAUACCAAGCUUUGAUCAUGGGCUUACAAAUGGCCGUGGAGAUGAAGAUAUCGAGCUUAGAAGUAUAUGGUGACUCCAUGUUAGUGAUCAACCAACUGCUGACUCACUACGAAGUUAGAAAGGAUGAUCUAAUUCCAUACCACCAAUUAGCCACACAGUUACUAGAAAGCUUUGACUUCGUGACGCCGGAGCAUGUGCCAAGAAAAGAUAACCAAAUGGCAGAUGCAUUAGCCAACCUUGCCGCUACAUUGGCAUUGACAAAAGAAAAAGCAAUAAAUCUUCCAGUUUGCCAACGUUGGGUCGUUCCAUUAACGCUUAGGACAUCGCAAGAAGGAGUCAACGUUAUCUCGGUACUGUCCAUUGACGUUGACGACUGGAGACAACCUUUAAUUGAUUAUCUUGAGCAUGGAAAACUGCCAGAUGAUUCAAGACAUCGAUCAGAGGUACGACGUCGGGCACCUCGAUUCAUUUAUUACAAAGAAAUUCUAUACCGUCGUUCAUUUGAAGGCGUAUUUCUAAGAUGCUUGGACGAAGAAGAUGCAUUCAAAGCAAUGGAAGAGGCUCACUCAGGAAUUUGUGGAGCACAUCAAUCAGGGCCAAAGCUACAUUUCCAAAUAAAAAGAAUGGGCUACUAUUGGCUGACUAUGGUCAAGGAUUGCAUGGAUUAUGUGAAGAAGUGCAAAGCAUGUCAAUUCCAUGCCAACUUUAUCCACCAACCGCCGGAGCCGCUACAUCCUACAAUUACUUCUUGGCCAUUUGAUGCGUGGGGUCUUGACGUGGUGGGACCAAUAGCACCUAAAUCUUCCGACGAUCAUUCUUACAUCCUUGCAGCCACAGACUACUUCUCAAAAUGGGCGGAAGCUGUGCCUCUAAAGGAAGUGAAGAAAGAAAAUGUGGUGAGCUUUAUCAAGGUAAACAUCAUUAAUCGGUAUGGUGUGCCACGCUACAUCAUCACAGAUAAUGGCAAGCCAUUCUCGAAUCGGUUGAUGGAUAAUUGUGUGAAGACUUUGGUUUCAAACAACGCAACUCUUCAAUGUACAAUGCACUAG